UAUCAGGUUAAUGAUAAAAUUUUAUUGGUGAUUGUUGCCAGACAGCACCAAAAUGAAUCGUUUGUAUAAAUUUAUAUAUACGCUUUUUCAAAUUUCUGUUGUUUGUGGCUUACUCCACGAGACGCCGAACAACUUCACUGCAAGAUUUCUCCGAUCAUCUGAUACAGGAUGCCUUCUUCCGCCACAUCCGAAAAAUGGUAAAUGGUUGGUUCGGGAUGAACUUAAAUGGUCACCUGAUAUGACAUUACCUAAUGGUGGAUUUAUAGAAGUAGUUUGCGACGACCAUUACACACUUGAAGGAAAUGAAAAUUUCUCUAACUGUAUGAAUGGGACAUGGUACAACGAAAUUACACAGUGCUGGAAAAAAUGUCCCUAUCUCCAAAAGACUCGUCAUUUAAACAUCACAUGCCAUAACAAAAAAGGAAAAGAAAUACGGUGUUCUGAAGCUGCUGAUGGAACAAAAGCAGAAUUUCAGUGUGACAAUUUCUACAAGUUAGAGACAAGUAAAAACAUGGAAAACGUUAAUAAAAUGUUUUGUUCUGAUGGCACAUGGGAGGAUGAGGUUCCAGAGUGUAUUCUAGAUUGCGGCUUAAAUAAAUAUAAUGACCCCGCAAUGGUGAUAAAUGGAACUGAUGCAAAGAAAUGGGCUUAUCCUUGGCAGGUCGCUAUUUAUGAUAAAAACACGAAAGAUCUCAUUUGUGGUGGAUCACUAUUAAGUGAAAACGUUGUUUUAACAGCUGCUCAUUGCGUGUUAAUAAGUGACUAUAGUCUAAAGGAUGAUAUCAUACUUGUUGUUGGUAAUUAUUAUUCGAAAUAUAAACAUUCUGAAGAUAAAUCUGCUCAGGAUGUUAACUCCAUAAAAGAAAUUUUCGUCCCUAAGCGUUAUCGAGGCAGAGACCAAAACUACAAAAAUGAUAUUGCGAUUGUAGUUACCAGAGAAAAGUUUGUAAUAACUGACAACGUUCGUCCUAUUUGCAUCGACUUGGAUUCUAGGUAUUUGGCAAACGCCAUAAAAAAGUCCAUGAACGGUUACGUAACCGGUUGGGGUUUCACUGAAGAAGAUGGCAAACCUGCAACUGUGCUACAAGAAUUACGAGUACAACCAGUCGAUUACAGUUCAUGUUUAAAUACUUUAUCGUUCGAUUUCAAGAAAUUUUUAUCCAGAGAUAAACUAUGUGCUGGACAUUUGAAUAAAAGUAUGGCGGUCUGUAAAGGAGACAGCGGUGGUGGUUUGUUCUUCAAAGAUAAUGGCAUUUUUUACGUCAGUGGGAUUGUUAGUGUUGCACCAGCAUCGCUAAGAGCUCCUACAGACAGUUGCGACAGUCAACAGUAUAGUCUUUAUACCAAUAUUUCUUAUCAUAGUAAAUUUAUUGCUGAAAAACUUAUUAGUGUAAAAGACAGCACUCCAGAGUUAGAAAAAUGUGUUUUACCUAAACAUCCUGACUUGGGUUACUGGUCAGCAAAUAGCACUUUCGAAGAUGACGAACUUUCACCAGGACACUCAGUCAAAUCUGGAACAUUAUUAAAAAUAACUUGUCGUGGAUGGUAUGUUCUGAAGGGUUCAAAAUAUAUUAUUUGCCAAAAUGGUUCUUGGGAUUCUACUCUAGGAAAAUGUUUAGAAACUUGCCCCCGUGUUCGCAACACUACAAGUAUGAAAGUUAAGUACACCUACCCAGAUGAUUUGACUUCUAACGAUGAUUAUAACACUGUGGUUGAUGGAACCCUGGCACAGUUUGAGUGUUCUCCAUUCUAUGAAGACUUUUCCUUGAAGAAAAAUCCUUUUCGUAUUUGUGUGAAUGGUAAGUGGGAUCUGCCACUACCGGAAUGUUAUCCAGUCUGCGGAAUAUCAGAUGAAAUUUUGAACAAACCAAAAUCAUUCCCGUGGCACGUUGCAAUUUAUACCAGUAUCGAAAAAAAAUUAAUUUGUAGUGGAUCUCUUAUUAACGAAAGAGUUGUAGUAACAGCUGCCUCCUGUGUUAGGGAUGACUUACAUAACUUAAAGCCCAAAGAUAGUUUUAUAGUAACUGUUGGUGGACGAUACCGACCUUUUAAUGAUUUUCGUGAUUCUGAACAUAUUCAGAUUUCAGAAAUUACUUCUAUUAGACUUGAAUCAAAUGACAUCUAUGGUAAUUCGCACGUAGCUGUUAUAGUUACAAAGAAAACCCUUACCCUCGCAAACGAAGUUCUUCCUGUUUGUUUAGACAAACCUAUGGUGACUGAUGGACUUUCAAACAACAAACAUCUCUAUAUAAGCGGAUGGAGAUACAAUAUUGAAAAUACCAAACAUCCCGAUCUAUUCAAAACAAUCGAAAUUCCAGAAGAUUCUAUAACAAGUUAUGAAAAACUAAUUGAAUAUAAUAACUGCAGCAUCUCUUUAUUUAAGAAUAAAAUAUGCACCGGAUAUGUUGACAACAAUUCUACGAUUUGGUACGAUAACAAUGGUGCUGGAUUGGUAACUCAACUUGGACAAAGAUAUUAUUUAGGUGGAAUCCAGACGUUUCAAAACUUUUCUAAAUCAGUAGAGGCUUGUGAUAUACAAGAAUGUGGUAUUUACACAAAAAUGUCGCCUUAUCUGCUAACCUUCAUUUUAAAAAAUGAAGCGGAAUUUAGACCACCUUGGCGAAGCUGAAACUUUAUUAAUUACAAACUUGGAAUAAAAAGGCGUACAUUGGACUAUGAUUAAUAAAAUAUAUAAAAUCAUUGUUUU